AUGAAGCCCUUCAAUCAGCCAGACAGGUCGCGCCUGUCGCCUCUGACCAACAAGCGCCUCAAUCGCAACAUCUUGCUGACGGCGGCCUUGUUCUUCCUCACGAGCCUCUUUCUGUGGAGCCGUCGUGAGCCAGCACCGGUGCCGGAGCUUCCUCCCAACAAGCUGUGGCUGGAACCCGACGAGAUCAACAAGACGUACAGCUUUCCAACAACGAGCGACUUCCAGCCCGUGUCACUGAGCCCCGGUAACAGAAGCACCCAGGAACUAUGCGCCAGUUUCCCCAGACACAAGCUGUCGCGGAUCCAGCCCGUUCUGAAGAUGGGAUACAGCGAGAACCGAGACAAGAUUGAGUCGCAGCUGGACAGCGUGAGCGCCUGCUUCUCCGCAGACGACUUGUUGAUCUUUUCAGAUAUGGAGGAGACUCUGCGCGGCCACAAAGUCAUCGACAUCUUGGCUUAUCUGCCGGAUACGUACCGGAAGGGUUCGGACACCUCCAAGUUCCAGCAGUACCUGCUGCAAAAGGAGAUGAAGGAAAACGGCACAUUGGAAACAGAUAAAGAGGCCGCUAAGAAGAUUGAUGGCUGGGCCUUGGAUAAGUUCAAGUUCCUGCCGGCGGUUGAGAGAGCGUGGGCCAUGAGGCCGAACAAGGAAUUCUACGUCUUUUACGAGACGGACACAUAUAUUCUCUGGGACAACAUGUUUCGCUUUCUCGACACACUGGACCCCGACACGCCCCUGUACAUGGGAUCGGCCUCUCCCGGACGCCGGGACGGGAGACGCCUCCAAGGCACCCUGUUUGCCAACGGCGGCCCCGGAUACGUCCUCAGUCGCGGCGCCAUGAAGAAGCUGCUUCACCGUCGCGCCGGGCCCAACGGCGCGUUCAUCGACCCGCCGUUCAGCGAGAGGUUCAGGUAUCUCGCGCACGACGGCGAGUGCUGCGGCGACAGUAUCCUCGGCUUCGCCGCCUGGGAGCUGGGCAUCGUCUUGCAGGGCUUCUAUCCGCUCUUCACGCCGUACUUGCUGACGGCUCUCCCGUUCGACGGCGACCACUGGUGCCACCCGCUGGUGACGAUGCACAAGGUCGCGACGCAGGACAUGGUCAAGCUGUGGCGGUGGGAGUUUGAACACAGAAAACACGGGCAGCCGCUCAUGUAUGCGGACCUGUGGCACUUUUACCGCCCGGGCCAGCACUCAACCCGCGACAAUUGGAACAACGAGGCCCGUGGUAGUUUCGUGCCUUUGGGGGAGCGCCAAGCAGACUCGUCACAGGCUUGCCAGAAGCUGUGCCGGGCGGAUGGGGAAUGUAUGCAGUGGGUUUGGAAAGGACGAGACCAGAACACUUGUCACCUCUUGCACGCUAUUCACUACGGGGGACCGCAGGAGGCGCACGAGGUUGAGGGGAAGUGGAUCGAUUAUAAGUCCGGCUGGGAGACGGAGAGAAUCGAUCAGUGGCGUUUGAGCAGGAAAUGCGACGCGGCUAGUUGGGUUGGGCCCAGCUUGAAGCGGGUAUUUUGA